AUGAACAAGAAACCACCACUUCAACGUGAUGACGACGCUUCCGGAGCCGGAGGGGCCCGCCCCCUACGAAACGCUACCCAAGAACACAGCUUCCGGUCUGACUACAACCCUACGCUGUACAUCAAUCGGGUCACUCGUACCGUCGACAAGGUCAACCUCCCCAUUCUCACGGACGAAGAUAAUCACGUAGAUUGGCACGUUUUCCACGUUCCCAGACCCCUCCCAGACACGACGACGGCAAUCAAUGGGGUCGGUGGGGUCAGAGGACCACAGUGGUGGGCGACAGCAUCCCUUCCAGAGAAAAGGGCCGCCUGGGAGCAGACUGUCGGAAAGGAAGUCGAUGAAAAUAACGACCCUGACCUCGCCUUAGUGAGAGGUCGACUGCACGACCUUCUCGUGACGACGAGACCCAACCAAUUUUCCGUAAUGUUGUCGGAAAUCCGGUACAGGAGGGAUGAGACGAGAUUGAAGAGGAGAAAAUGGAGGAGAUCAAUGUGCGAGGAUGAGAAAAGCGACGGGCAAAUUGACGAACAAGAAGUCUGGUUGGUUUCGGGGAGCUGGGACGAUCCAUUUUUCAGCGUGUUUUCAUGUCGGGGGGGCAGGGGGCGAGAUAAGAGUUUGGUCGUGACUGCUCACAGCGCUCGAGAGUCUUCAGCUUACGAGCACCAGAGCAGUCACCACCAAGGUCGCUCUCUCCAAUUCCGUCCCCCCGAAGAUAACCCCAAGAUAAUGACGAUUUCCGCCUUGGUCCAGCAAUACUACGAAAUGUCCGAGUUGCGGAAUCUUUUUCCUUCUGAAGGUCAUCUCAAUAACCCAGUGACCUCGCGGGUCAUGGGACUAGUGGGACUUUGUCUGAUCUGGGUCGGCGUGAUGACAGGGAUCGUUGGACAAUAUUUCAAACGAGUGUCACUGCUGAGAAUGUACAUGACCUUCUUCAUUGUUGGGGUCGUCCUGUACUUGACACAGUACGGGAUGGAAAAUUACUACUCGACACGGCAAGUUUUAUCAGAUCUUUUGAAAGGUCAAGUUGACGAAUAUCUCAACCAAGGGGAGAAGAGAGGGGGAGGAAAAGUGGCCUCAUUUCUGCUACAGGUGCAAGAAAAGUUUAGUUGUUGCGGAUAUCACGGCCCGUGGGAUUACGGUCAGCGCAGCCGGCCACCUCAUUUGCUCUCGCCAUCGGGAAAAUUGACCUUGCCGCCGUCCUGCUGCGAACAAUUGGUCACUCGGACCCUGGAUUGUUACGUGAUGAGGAACAAAUCCACUCCGGAAUUUGUACAUGGUCAGGGCUGCACUUCUCCCUUGAUAACCUUCCUUGGCCACAUCCAUCUCUCUCGGCAACUGAUGGCACCCUUCAUCCUGUUCGGGACCGUGGUUCAUAUAUUUUCCGGGAUAAAUUUUCACCGCAAAGUGAUUCCGUUUUUGACCUCAGUCAGUAAAAAGAAGGUCGAAAGGUCAUCUGUCGGCCCUUUUGUCACUGCAACGUUAGGAGAACAACUACUCGAUACGAUUCAAGAAGCAACAACAACGGCAGAAUCAAAGAGUUCUGUAGUGGAAUUCGACACGGAAAAAAUUCCUGGGACGAUAGAUUCUGUCCGAAGACGGCUCGGCGAGUGCGAGAGUUUGGCAGAUUUCAUCUUGUGCAUCGUUCAACUGCUCCACGAUGUCGAAGUUUUCCAGGAAAGCGAGUUCGGGCAGUUCAGACCGGAUGCGGAGGUCAUUGCGAGGGUCAUUCUGGGCUUGAGACCGAGACGAUUCGUGUCACCAUCGCUUCUCGACGCUGAUUUCGACGACGUCCUCAUCCAAGCCAGGAAUCGUGGGAAACCCCGUGAAAAAUUGUCCAGGCAGGAUUUGCUGAUACGGAUGAACAUGAUGGAAGUGGUGGAAAGUGGGAGUGAGCAGUUGGCCAGGAAAGGUGACCAUGUCGAGAACCACACCCACUCGCAGUUCGCCCUCCCUCGUCCGCUAUCCGGUAUCCGAGUCUCAGAGUGGAUUCGUGCAGAUGACGUAAUAUUUCGCAGGGAUAAGUACAUCGCGCAUCCCGGAACAGAAGGACUUGAUCCCUUGGAGGUCACGUAUCUUGAGAACGAUCGCGUACUUGAAUUGGGAAGUGAGGAUGAACGAAAAGAAAAAUCGUCUUCAAAAUGUUGCCAAUUUUUCGCCAAUUUCUUCUCCCCUUCGAAUGAGAUGGAUCCUGAAGAAUACUUAUUUCUAGAAAAUGAACUGUACGAACCGUCAAUUGAGGUGUUAUCCAAAAUAAUCGCCGAAUCGCAAGGGAUUCUCCGCGAUAUCAAUAAGAGGGCAAAGUUCACCCAAGUCUCUUUCAACGAUGCCUCGACGCCGACGCCACUGCCACCCACGAGCCCCUCUCAGUUGGACGAGGAGCUCUCCCACGUGCAAAAUUUAUCGUUUGUAUCGUCCCAAAAAAUCGACCUGGACAAGGUCACGACUCUGCAGCAUUCGUCAUUUUAGCUGGUUAUCGGACUCCAAGGACCUUAUCGAGAUUAUCGAGAAGCAUGCCGUUGAAUCAUCCUCAUCUCCAAAAGUUUCCCUAUUUCCAUAUUUUUACCCCCCAUUUUAAUGCAUGCUCGAUAUAUUCUUUUUCGCAAUGUAAUUUUUUAUCGGAUUUGCACUAAUUAUCGAUACAAUUUCCUUCUUAGGAUUGCCGACAAGGACAAGAUGCCCAUCGCCACCACCCUGGGGAAUUUCGCAACGCGGACGCCGCCUUGGACAGUGCACAAUUCUACUCCAGGAGCUUAUCAGGCGAUAAGUUCAAGGAAAGAGAACACAUUUUUUUUUUUUUUGCAAAUACGCUAUCAGCAUCUUCGUCAGCAUCACGGUCGUCGUUUUCAUGGGCAACUCAUCGAUGUCGUCCGAUAUUCAAGGUAAUGGUUAGAAAAUAUUUGUUGGUACGCCUGCAAAGGUACGCCUCCU